AUGGGUGAGAACCGUAGUGCUGUGCCUUUGACAACAGAGACUUCAGAAGAAACCUUAGACUCAGACUUUCUAGAAUAUGCUACAAAUUUAAUACUUUCAGAGAGUGAUGAUUCGGAAAUUGAUGCCAAUAUGGUGGCUAAGCUUACAAUGCUCUCACUUAAAAGAAAGAAUUUAACCUCGAUUCCGUCAAAACUUUAUCUGUUUACAAAACUGAAUGUUUUGAAUAUCAGCAAAAACAGCAUCACAUCUAUUCCAGGUGAAAUUGCCGUGUUUGGCCAGCUGAGCCAACUUUUUCUUAAUAAAAAUAAUAUCUCACAGCUACCUGCUGAAAUUGGACAGUUAAUAACAUUAGAAAACCUGAAUGUGAAAGAAAACCAACUGAGCAUUUUACCAGAAACUAUAGCCAGGCUAAAGAAUUUGACUGUUCUCAAUUUAGACCAAAACAGGCUUUUUGUUUUUCCAAGAGCCAUAUGCCUGCUUCCAGAGCUAACAAAGCUUAGCCUUUCAGGAAACUCUCUUCAAAGCUUACCAAUGGAGAUUUCUGAGCUGAAAAAUUUGAGACAACUGUCUUUAAAUGAUAACAAGUUAACAUUUUUGCCGCUACAGUUUUUUGAUUUGCUUAAUCUUGAAGAACUAAGAUUGUGUGGAAAUCAGUUGGCUAGCCUUUCAGAAAAAAUAGAGAAACUGCAGGAACUACGGAUUCUGCAAUUAAAACGUAAUCAAUUAAAAGAUCUUCCAAAUGAACUUUCCAAUUGUGUAAGAAUUAAACAACUUUUACUCGAUAGCAAUCAGCUCAUAGAAUUGCCUUUAAGGAUAGGCAAUCUUUAUAAUAUGACAGAAUUCUGUGCCAGCAAUAAUAAACUGAAAACUUUGCCGGUGGGAAUAAGUACAGCUUAUGCUGUAGAAAUAACUUGA